AUGAAAUUAGUUUCUACAAUAUUACUUUCAAAAAAAGAUCAUGCUUCUCAAUUAGAGGAAGAAAAACUUGAUAGAUUAUGUUUAACAGUGGAUGAAAAAAAUUUUAUUGAAAAUAUGAUUGAUUUAUUAAGUCCUUUUGAAAUAGUAACUCAUCGUAUAUAUGGAGCAAAAUAUCCUAUACUUAAUUUAGUUUAUCUGUAUAUAGAAGAAAUAUCUGAUACUGAUGAUUCAAGCUCUGUUAGUGAAGAUGAAAAUAUAUCAUCAGCAGAUCUUCUUGAUAAAGCUCAGUAUAUUCCAAAUGAAAUAGUCUUAAUUGUAUCAGUAUUAGAUCCUAGAAUGAAAAGUUUACGAUUCGCAAUAAAUAUUCAACAAACAAAUACAAAACUUAAACUUUAUCAAAGUCAAACGUCUAAUACAAAUUCCUUUAGUAAAAAUGAUAAUUUAGAUUAUGAUAAUUUUUUUGCUGAAGUUUUUAACUUAGAAGGGACAAAUAAUACUAUAAUUGAAUCUGAUGAUGAUGAAGUAUCACAAUAUUUUAGAUAUUCCGAAGCUAAACCUAAAAAGAAUUUUCUUGUUUGGUAG